AUGGGAGGUGGCUGUAUUGCAACCAUUGCUAGAAGCAUACCCACGGGAGACAAACUUUCAGAAAUAAAAUUUUUAGAAGAGAAACAUGGUUGUCAAAUCAUUUCAUUACAGGGUGAUGUCGCAAACUAUGAGUCCUUAAAGCAAGCGUUUGACAGUUAUCGGGAGGCAUGUCCAUUAUAUCCCUUAAAGGGAGUGUUUCAUGGUGCAGCUGUGCUUGAGGACGCAAUCAUUGUUCAUAUGACAGAAGAGAAAUUUGAGAAAGUUUUGAAACCUAAAGUUUUGGGAACGCUACAUCUUCACAGUCUUACUCAAAGCAUGAACCUUGAUUAUUUUGUGCUUCAAUCGUCUAUAACUUCCGUUUUUGGAAAUAGUGGACAAACUAACUAUGGAGCUGGAAAUGCAUUCAUGGACACGUUUGCCUUCUACCGUAGAUCAAUUGGUAUAAGUGGUCAAACAAUAAACUGGGGUGCAUUACAUCUUGGUUUACUUACAGCAUAUGAAAACGUGGAGCGCCAUCUGAAUACUCAAGGUUACCAAAGCUUAAAACCAGAUGAAAUUAUGGAAUGUUUUCUUCAUGCUCUCUGUAAGAAUUUUACCCAAAUGGUAUAUGGAAUAUUCAAAUGGGAGACUAUCGUCCGCCAAUCUCCUGAUAUGAUUCAUUUAACCUCAAAACUUCUACCAAUAUUGACAGAACUAAACUUACUGGACAUUUUCACAGCAAAACCAAUUAACAAGAUUAAUAUUGAUAUAGAGGAAAUAAUGAGACUGCCUGAAGAAAAACGUCAUGCCAAAAUUAUUGACGCCCUCAAAAUGAUUGUUGCAGAUGCGUUUGCAAUAGAACUUUCAAGUACAGAUGAAAUUACUACAUUUGUUAAUCUCGGCAUUGACUCAAUGAAAGGAAUGUCAUUGAUAAACAACAUAUAUGAAUAUCUAAGCUGUAGAAUUCCGGUUAUAGCUGUUUUAGAGCAGGAGGCAAAUAUUGAAAGCAUUGCGAAACUCAUACUUCAACAAUUUGCUGUUUCCUCAGAGGUUUCGGGAAUAGUCCCUGUAGAUAAGCUCCGUAAGGUAAAAAGUGAGCUCAAAGAGAGAUGUGUAAAUUUGAAUUUCAUUGAAAAAGAACUUUUCCAACGGCAGUUUAACGACCCCAGUAGUUUUAAUUUUCUUCAAGUAGAAAUCAACGUAUUUGACGAAACAGUAGAUUUUAAAGUUGUGAAAAAAGCUUUUUCGAAACUUCUCUCUUUAUACAGUUUCCUGGAUUCAUUUUACAUUCAAGAUGACGACUCGAUAGUUCGUGUUCCAGGAGAGAUAAUAAACGAAGAUCAAGGAGAUGAAAGUCCAACCCAGACAGUUUUACAGUCACUUGGCACCAUGCAACAAGGAUUCAAAAUAGACCGCCGUUUUCGAGGAGGGCUUUGUUCUAAUCAUCAGUCAGAUCCUAUGUCUUCAACGAAAAAUCUUAUCUUUGAAGGAAGGGUAUUGAAAAUCAUAUUUGAAAUUCAACAAGAGUGUUGUAAGACUACAAUACUGUGUGACAGAAUGCUUUUUGACAAGGAAUCGACACUGAAUCUGGCUUUUCAUUUCCUGUCUUUGAUUGAAAACGACACAUUAGCAAUCGACAAAGGGCUUUAUGAUGCAGUUAAUGCAGCGGAGUUGGAGGAAGCGCUCAACCCGUUGAAAGAUGAUUUGGACAGUUUUUGGCCAAUGCUGUUGUCUCAAAAUAUCAAACCAGUCAUGUUCAGGGAGCAAAUAGCAGAUAAAAGCAAAGAUAUGGUUAUUGAAAUAACAACAGUCAUGUGUCCACCUGAUUUGUCAAAAUCAGUACAUCGAUAUCUUCAAAGGAAUGCAAUAAGCAUUAAGGAAUUUUUUAUUUCAAUAUACCAGCUUUUUCUGCAUUUUACAUCAAACAACGCAGUUGUAUCCGUAGCCUCUUAUGUGGAUGUUAGAUCGUUUGUCAACGGAUUGAAGGGUUGUGGCGGAUUAGAAAACUGCAUUCCAUUUAUUGCAGAGAUUAAGAAUGACACCCAGACCAUUACAAGCUUUCUUUUACAUAAUGCUGAAACUAUUCGCAAAUGUACACGAUUAAGUUUACUACCAUGGUCAUAUAUGGAAUCUCUGUUCGCAAAUACAUUGACAGGUGUAAAUGCGUUUAUGCAUUGUGUAGCCGUAGAUCUAAAUGUAAUCGACGACGCUUCGUUUUCAACUUUAAAAGUAAAAUUAAAUUCUUUUACAUCUUUGGAAUCAAGAUUUCACACAGCAGUCCAUAUCAAAGACCAAGGGGACGAUGAACCUAUUUUGAUGUCUAUGCAUUCGAAUCCACAAUUAGUUGACACGCAAACAGCAACGAAAAUACUCGAAGGUUUACAGAAAAUGAUGGAAGCAAUCACUGAAAUUGAAAACCUGACUGUCAAACAGAUGAAGACGAAAUUUCGAACUCUAAAGGAACGACUACCUCAAAAUGAAAAAGUCAUACAAACUGUUGCCAAAGAGCAUUGUUUGACAACUAUUACACAUGAAGAUGAGGAGGUUUUAUAUAAAGGUGUAUUCCAAAAGGAAACGACUUACGGUUGGGAUCACCAAGUGCUAUUGAGAAUCAAAUAUAUUGAUGGCAAUAGAAAGGUGUUGCAGUGGAAUGCUGGUAGAAAAUCAAAAGAAAUAGAAAUAGCAGAGAUUCAAAGAGCAAAAUGUUUUUGCUUAAACGGGAUGGUGGUUGUCACUUUAGAGACCGAUGCUAGACAGUAUUGUUUCAAGACUGCAGACAAGGAAGAAGUGGACGUAAUGUGGAAAUACUUUUCAGAGAACAGAGUUUAGUGAAAGAAUAGAUGAUAAAUAUAUAAUUUCAAGAUAAAAUCAGAAUGAUGUAAGAGAAUAGAAUUUUUAAUUAUAAUUAUAUAUAUAUACAUGUUUAUACCUACCUUUGUUUUCUUUUCCGAAUUCAAACUAAUUGGUAAAAUGUCAUUAAUUAGCAGAUAUUGAAACUAGAUAACGAAUAAAAAAAAACAAUUGCACCUCUUUAUUUUGCUUUUUAAUUUGUAGAGGUUAACUUCAUCAUUCAGUUAUUCAACACGUUAAUAUACAGUAUAUUCUGAUGAUUUAAAAUAAUACGUUAACUUUUAAUUUUAGUCGUUUCAAUGAAGAUAAUCACAGAUUUCACUGCAAAUGUUAAUGUUAUUUGCUUUAUUUGUUGUUAAUAUUGAUCUCUUUAAUUAAAGUUUAGUAUCAGAAAUUAAAGAGAAUACAUUGUUUUCCCUUUAAAUUUUAUUCUUAUUUGUCGAAUGGAUUGAAAGCGACAUUAAAUGCAAGCUUGGUGACAAAUAUUUUAUUUUUAAUCUAUUUGCUAAAGUGAAACAAAAGCUACAUUUAUUAUCAUGAUUUUUAACUUGCUAAAUCUUGCAUGCUAAGUUCUUUGAAAAUCUAUUUACCUUUUAUAUGAUAUAUUCAAAUAGUAAAUGGUAGUUAUAAGAUAUUUUGAAUACGUAGUAAAUGAUAGUUUUUGAUUUUUUCAAAUAGUAAUUGCUAGUUAUAUGAUUUUUUAUAAUAGUAAAUGACAGUUAUAUGAUUUUUAUGUCGGAGAGGGCAUUGAGUGUUACCCUUGUUCGUCCGUACUCAUACUUUAGUUUGCCUCGACUAAAUAUUAUGAAACUUAUACACAACGCUAGUUACCACAAAACACAGAUCAAGUUCGAAUUUGGGUAGCGUCACUUUUACCGUUCUCAAGUUAUGCUCUUUUAUAACGUUAUAAGCAAGCGGGGCAUCAUCUGUGUCCCAUGGACACAUUCACCAUUCAUUUUGAAAUAGUAAUUGCUAGUUAUGUGAUUUGUUUCAAAUCGUAAAUGAUUGUUAUAUAAAAUAUUCAAAUUGUAAAUGAUAAUUAUAUGAUUUAUUUGAAAAGUAAAAGCAAAGUAUUAUGAUUCGUUAGAAUUGUAAAAAAUAUUUAUAUGAUUUCAAAUGGUAACAGAUAGUUCCAUUACCUAUCUAAAUAGUAAAAGAUAAACUUAAAUAACAACUUGCAAUCUAAAUUUAGGUGCAGCUUUUCUUGAAAUCGCAAUUAUUACCUCGUGUGUGUAUUUAUUCUUUAAAACUCGCCGUUAUAACUUGCACCCAAAAAUUUCUGAAUUUACAGUAUUAAAGUAAUGAACUGAUACAAUCUUGGAGUUGAACUGUUCUUGAAUGUCUCCAUAUUUUGAAUAAUGCUUUAGAUAAGAAGUUUAAUGCACUGAAAGUGUGUGGUGAUCCAUCUUCUCAAAAUUAACUGUACAAACAAUAGUAAAAUCGUCUUGGCUAUUUAUUGUUUAAAUGCUAUUUUUAACUUCAGAUAUCUUAUCAAUUUCAUUUAUUUAAAACUCCGAUAGGAUUUUAGGAAAUUCUAUGGGAUAGUCAUAAUCCCGUAGGGUAUUUUAAUCCCUUCCAAUUAUUUUAUCCUAUAGGAGAAUUUAUCUCCUACGGGAUAAAAUUUAUAUCCUACAGGAUUAAAAAUCCUCUAGGGUUUUCAAAAAUAAAUUUUAAAUCCUAUGGGAUUUUUUUUAUCCUAUAUGAUUAUCAUGAAAAACUUUUUCUGAGAUACACGGCCUUCGACAAUGAGCAAAAUCCAUUCGGCAUGGUCAGCUACAAAAUGCCCCGAAAUGACAAAUGUAAAACAAUUCAAACGAGAACACUAACGGCCUAAUUAAUGUACAAAAUAAUGAACGCAAAACAAAAACAUAAAAUAGGAUACACAGAAAAAAACGACAACCACUGAAUUACAGGCUACUGACUUGGGACAGGCUGUGGAUUUACUAUGAUACUAUAUGAAAUGAUUAAAUAUAGCCAAUCAAUUUAACCAACUUUUUUUUAAAAAGUUUUUAAUAAAUCUUUUUUCCACAGGAAUCUGUCCUAAUAUAUGGUCAAUGGAAUACAUUUCACCUGUACAUAAAAAGGGGUCAAUAUAUGAUCCUUCAAACUAUAGAGGUACAACCAUAAGUUACACUAUUGGUCAACUUUUUAACAGAAUAUAAAGUAAUAGACUGACAGCAUUUUUGAGAAGAGAAAACUCAUUUGUAAAGAGGAAAUUGGAUUUAAACGUGGAUGUUGCACAUCUGAUCAUAUAUUUGUAAUAAAUAUUCUUAUACAAAAAUACAUAUGAAAUAAAUCCCAACCAUUAUAUGCAUGUUCUGUAGAUUUUAAACGUGCAUUUUAUUCUUUAUUGCACCUAAGACUUUUCUAUAAGCUUGAAAAACUGGUGUCGGUUCAAAAUUUUAUAAUAUACUUAAGUCAAUGUAUGAAAACACGGAAUUAUGUGUCAAUUGAUUCUUUUAGAAAUCUAUUUAAUUUAUACUGAAAUGAUUUACCAAAUUAUUUAGAUUCUACAUGUGACCCAGUUACCUUAAACUCAAAGUCCAUUAAUUGCCUAAUGUAUGCUGAUGAUUAUGAUCAUAUGGUCAUUAAUUGUGAUAAAACUAAAACAAUUGUGUUUAACAAAGCAGGUAUAUUAAAAAAAUUACUUAUUGUAACAACCUUAUAGAAUGUUUUCAAAAAUACACAUAUUUAGGGGUAACAUUUAGUGCAUCAGGUACAUUUCCAUAGACCAAAGAGGUUUAAGUAAAAAGGGCAUGAAAGCAUUAUUUAAGCAGAAGACAGUCUAUUACAAUGGAUUCAGAAAAUAAAGAAUCCGGGAUUAGUAAUACAAGGAAACUUUUGUCUUAUCUGAAAACUUGAUUAUUUACUCCAUAUGCCUAGGCAGUUCAUCUAAUUAUAUUAUAACAAAAGUAAAUAGUUCUCUAAAAACUCUAUUUAACAAAAUUUGGUUGAAAAGGCUUUUUAAUGAUAAUACAAAACACUCCAAAGUUUGGAACAAGUUAAGAACGUAUCGUAAAUUAAAAAACAUUUUCAAAUUAGAAAAAUAUUUAAGUUAUGAUAAUGAAAAUGAAGGAAGGUUGUUAACUAAAUUUAGAGUAAGCUCACAUAACCUAAACAUUGAGAAGGGAAGAUAUUGUAACUUGGAUAUUAGUGAAAGAAAAUGUAACUUAUGUAACAAUUCUGUUGAAGAUGAAAUCCAAUUUUUAAUUCAAUGCCCAUGCUUUUUAUUGUGAUCAAUUAGAAAAUAAUAAAAAUAAUUUUAGUAAACUUUCUGAUGAAAACAAUCUAAUUUGGCUUUUAAGGAUGUUCGCUCCUCUGUUUCAAAAUAACAAGGUUUUUAAAAGACUAUUAUAGAUUGAUAGAAUGUGAAUAAGGGAACAUAGAAAUUAGAAAAAAAUGAUAGGUCCGUGUUCUAGUUUUUGAGAUAUAAUCAGUUAAAACUUUGGCGGGAAAUGGUUCUCUCUAGACUUUUCAUACAUUUG